AACCUGAAAAGGUCUGUAAUUGUGCUUGGAUACCUUACUGUUCUUACCAAAUCUAUUCUUUACAAAUUUUCUCCUAAAACUUGAUUGUAUUUUUUGCUGCAUCAUUCAUAUAGUCCUACGAUAAUAUAUCAGACCUUUCAGGGAUAAAAGAAUGAUUUAUGGCAGAACAAGUUAGUUUGGCUCUGUUAUCAUAAUGAUUCCCUCUGCCACUGUCACAGAGUUACUCAAUGCACUGGAGGGUGCACAAUGUCAGCGCAGGCAGAGAAGCUAGAGCUUGAAGAGCUGGACAAAACUUUGCUAAAGAACAAUGAACCCAAACCUCUGGGCAAGUACGAGAGAAUAAUCCAGCCAUGUGUUGCCGAGCUGGUUGGCACAACAUUUUUUGUCUUCAUCGGCUGCGUGUCUGUCAUUGAAAAUGUGGAAGCAGCCGGACGACUACAACCUGCACUUGUGCAUGGAUUGGCAGUGGCUGUGCUGGUGGCAUGUAUGGCAGAAAUCAGCGGAUCCCAUUUUAACCCUCCAUUCACCAUUGCUAUCUGGCUAUGUGGUGGAAUUCAGCUGACGAUGGUUAUUCCCUACCUUAUCAGUCAGCUUAUUGGAGGUGUGCUGGGAGCUGCAAUGUCAAAGGUUAUGACAUCACAAAAGAACUACAUGAAUGCUACUGGAGCGGCCUUUACUAUUCUUAAAUCUGAUGAGCAGCUGGGCAAAGUUGUGUUCGCUGAAAUGGCCAUGACAUGUCUAGUAACUAUGGUAGUGCUGCUGGGAGCUGUCAAUGGAAAGAGCAAAAGUCCCCUGGUGCCCUUCAUGGUGGGCUGCACUGUUAUCAUCAGCAUUCUGGCAGGAGGAGACAUUUCUGGCACCUGUUUGAAUCCUGCAAGAGCUUUUGGACCUGCACUGAUGGCAAACUACUGGACUUAUCAUUGGGUUUACUGGGUCGGUCCGAUAGGGGGAGGUCUGGUGGCGGCUGCUCUUGUGAGACUUCUGCUUGGAGAUGAGAAGACACGAGUUAUACUGAAAUGAUACUGGAGCAGAUCAGCAUCUAACUGCAUCAGGACACUAAUGUCUAAUCUAACAGCACAUAUUGCAUUUAAAACUGUGAAUUAGUAUUUUUGACUUUUAUAAACAAUGACCAACACUUUAUCUUUUUUCUCCCCCCAGUAUAUGUCAGUUAAUUGUCUUUUGAUAAUGUUUUACAUUAAAGAGCAUGCUCAUCUCAAGCUGUA